CAAAUAUUCAGGAAGUACCGCUGCCCGCUGAGAAGCUGAAUUUCUUCCACUCGUCAUGAGGAGAUUAUUGUGUGAUGACUGCGUACGUUUCAUCUAAAACACCGGACGGCUGACCCUACAUCAGACAGGGAAUGUGAAAGGUUGCAGAGUAUCAAUGCAGUCUAAGUGAAUGGCAACUCAUUUGUGUCAGGAGCAAUCUGAAUGAUUUAUGAGCUCAACCUAAGGUUUGCAGCAUUACAUGCAUCCUGUUAAGGCAUUUAAGGUCAAGCAGUCAACAAUGUCCCAUGACAGUCACCUGUGAGGCAUGAAAUCAGGCCAACAACAAGAGAUAGUUGACUGGAAGCAGAAGCCGUAUCGCUGCUAGACCCUAAUUUGCAGUUCUCGUGUGCAGAAUAGGCAGACAAGAUGGGUUCUUUAGUGUCUAAAAAGAGGGGAUCCGCUUCUCCAGGCAGCAUGCAGCAGGAUUCACAUGAUCAAGGAGGAAAUUCUGAUAUCUCAGGUAAGCAGGGAGGUACCACCUCUGCCAAGUCUCUCCCUCCCCCAGAUGUGGGCAAACCCAUUGAGGUGAAGGUGUGCAAGGCUUCUGACAUGCAGGAUGGAGAGAUGAGAGAAGUAGAGGUUGGUGGAGGGAAGGCAUUACUCAUCAAGGAGGAUGGAGAAUUUAGUGCUCUUGGCCACAAAUGCACCCACUAUGGGGCACCUUUGGUCAAAGGGGUACUGUGUAAUGGCAGAGUGCGAUGUCCAUGGCACGGGGCAUGUUUCAACGCCAAGACUGGAGACAUUGAAGACUUCCCUGGACUGGACAGUCUCCCCAAGUUUGAGGUCACUGUCGAGAAUGAUAAUGUGGUUGUGAAGACCAAUAAAAAGGUUCUUGAGAAGCCCAAGAGGAUGAAGGAAAUGUCUUGUCACUCACCUGACAAUGACACAGUGUAUCUCAUUGUGGGAGGAGGUGGUGCUGCUAUAACCUGUGCAGAGACUCUCAGACAAGAAGGUUUCAAAGGAAGAGUUGUCAUGGCUACCAAGGAGCCACACCUACCCUACGACAGGCCCAAACUGAGCAAGGCACUGGAUUCUACAGGAGAGGCCUUGGCACUCAGGGACAAGAACUUCUUCUCUGUGUAUGACAUUGAAGUUCUAACAGAGAAAGAGGCCACGUCUGUUGACUGCCCCUCUAAGGUGGUGACAUUUGCAGAUGGUCAGACUAUAGCUUAUGACAAACUCCUCAUUGCAACAGGUGGCAAACCACGCCCCUGCACCUCUCCUGGCAGUGACCUACAGAACGUCUGCCUGCUCCGCAGUCCUGCUGACGGCAACUACAUCUCUCAACAGGGCCGCGGCAAGAAGGUGGUCAUUGUGGGAACAAGCUUCAUCGGUAUGGAGGUAGCAGCAUACUUUGCAGAAAAGGCAUCGUCAGUGUCUGUUGUAGGGGUCAGCAGUACUCCAUUUGGCAGAGUCCUGGGGGAACAAGUCGGCAGUAUGCUCAGAAAGAUGCAUGAAGACAAGGGAGUGAAGUUCUACAUGAACAAUGGAGUGGUAGAGUUCAAAGGAGAAAAUGGCAAACUGAAAGAAGUGGUACUGCAGUCUGGAGAGACCCUCCCAGCAGACUUGUGCAUUGUUGGCAUCGGUGUCACACCCAACACUGAGUUCCUCAGUGACAGCGGCAUUGAGAUGACCAAGGGGGCCUUGGAUGUGGACAAGACAAUGCAGACCAGUCAGGAGCAUGUGUUUGCAGCUGGUGACAUCGUACACUUCCCACUACCUAUGGCAGAUGGAGAGAAGGUUACCAUUGGACACUGGCAGCUCGCUAAGGCACAUGGUCGGUGUGCAGCUCUGAACAUGCUGGGUCAGGGUGUGGAGUUCAACAGUGUUCCCUUCUUCUGGACCAUGCAGUACGGCAAGAGCCUUAGAUAUGCCGGCCAUGGUGCUGGAUUUGAGGAUGUUGUGAUAGAAGGCAGUCUGGAUGACAUGCAGUUUGUGGCCUACUAUCUCAAGGGAGACAAUGUGUUAGCUGUAGCGAGCAUGAACAGGGACCCAGUGGUGGCCCAGGCUGCAGAGAUCAUGCACUCUGGAAGAACUCUGUCCAGGGCAGAUGCAGAGGCUGGAUCAGACUCAUGGAAGUCUCAGCUGUGAAAAGAAGAUGAGGAAUAUCAUGAAAGUUUGUCUGUGUUGG